AUGGACUCCAUGUUCUCAUUGUGGAUGAGGAUCUGCGAGGAUGCUAAAGGAGGUGAAGUGAUCUGGGUCAUCGAUGCACUGGACGAGUGUAAUGAGAUCGGCAACGCAAAUGGAUUUUUCAACGCCAUUGUCAUUCUUCUGCGCAAUCUGAACGGCAUAUCCAAGAACAGGCUCUCAUUUCGCGUUCUCUUCACCAGUCGCCCAGAGACCUGGCGCCAAGUUUCCCAUUCGUCGAACAUCGACAUCACUGCAAUAAGCCGCAUUGUUCUGGAGGAUGAGGCCGCAAUAGAAGCGGACAUCAAUGCGUAUAUCCACGAAGAGGUUGCUAAAUUGCAUAUUCAGGAGAUCGACAAGAGUAAUCUCGAAUCACAGCUCUGCGCCAAGGCGUCUAGGUCUUUUAUUUGGGUGAAGCUCACCCUCAAGUCCAUAGAGACUGACGUGGACUACCGCGAAGGGACUUGGGAUGCAGCUGUGGAUGCCAUUCCAGUUAAGCUUGAAGAAACCUACGAAAAGCUUUUAGAGCAACUUUCUGGACCCGAUCAUCAUACUGGAACGGCAAAUCCGUUACCCCCCAGAAUCAAGCGUCUGCUUCAAUUUGUUGUCGGAGCACAUGGAUUUUUGACUGUUCGGGACUUGAGCAUAUUCUUCGCACGGGAAGACAAUGUGAGUACGAUCGAAGACGCAGAGAGCAAAGCCUUGAGCAGCAGCAGCUUCUUUGAAACUAUAUAUGGGUCUUUCCUGAGACUAGUCCGAGGUCUUGACGGGAUUCAGCAGGUUCGGCUCAUUCAUGAGACUGCAAGAAAGCAUUUGUUGCUCCCAGAAUCGGAAUCCAAAUAUGCUAUGCAGCUUCAUAGCUGCCAUUUGGAACUGGCUAAAGGUUGUGUCACAUACCUCGCGCUUGAUAAUGUUGCAGACCACGUCUCCGCAGAGUCAAUUCAGGAGACAGAUAAUCACCCACUGCUGAAGUAUGCUGUGUUGAAUUGGGCCUCGCACGUUAGAGAAUCUGAAGAACUGAUGGACGAUGAGCUUUUUGGGAAGGUUCUGGACAUGUAUAGGACCAACUCUCAGCGAUUCCAGAACUGGUCUGAGGCAUAUUGGAUGCUCUCGUCGAAGGGGCAAAUGAAAUCGAACUAUUCAACAUUGCACAUGUGCGCCUAUAACGGCCAUAUGUGUGUCAUGAAACGCCUCCUGGAGGACAAAACCUCUGUUUUUGUACUACGUGUAUAA